AUGACGAAACUCUACAGAAUAAUAAUUACAAUUAGUAUUCUAUAUUUAUCAAACAUCGCCGCAUCGAACAAUAAUUCUAAUGAUGGAUUGCCACAAUCAAUUAAUGAACUCAAACAAUAUUAUAAUUUUAUUAAAAAUUUAGAACAACGUGGUAUUUUAAAUACAAAUACUUCUACUACAGAAAAACAAUUAUCCAUUGAGCAUGCAUCAAAAUUAGCUGGACGUCAACAAUUAUUAACUGAAGAAGAAUUGAUGACAUGGAAACAACGACAAUUAAUUAUAUCAUUUUCAAAUGUGUUAGCUAUACUAGCUGGCAUAACCGUUGUUAUAGCAUUAAUAGUAUUAAUAAGUAUUAUAACACUUCCAAUACUACGUAAUAUACCAUCUUUUGUUUGGAAAAUAUUCUUUUUUAUUCUAUCAAUUUGUUUAAUAAUAUUAGUUCAUAAUUCAUGGUUAAUAUUUUUAGGUUGUCUGACAUUUUUAGCAACACUGUCCUAUACAACAAAAUUUCAUUUUUCGCAAUUUCGUCAUGCUGAUUUAGUAGCAUCUUGGAUCUAUUUUUUUGUUUGCAGUAUUGUAGCUAUUUAUCAACAACAUCGUGAAGCUGGUUAUUUAGCUAUUAUGGCUUUAGAAACAUCAUUAGGCUUUGUUAUAAUUGCUGGCGAAUUAGUUAUUAUGAUUGGUUUUCACGAUAAAAAAGCUAUUCCAAGUGGUAUAAUAGCGUCAUGUGUUUUAAUUCUUAUUGGAAGUUUUUUACACUUACAAAAAUAUUCAAAUAUAUUAACAAUUCCAUUUACUCGGCCGUUGUUAUUUUUAGGAACAUUUGUCUAUUUUAUUGGAUUGAUUAUUCUCAGUUCUCGAUGGUAUACGAAAAUGGAUAACAAUCUACUUCUAUUUUGGUUGCUACAAUUUAUUGCAUUUUCCAGUGGAUUAAUAGCAAUGUUAAUGGGCCCAUUACUUGAAUUACCAUUUGUUCAAGCUAUUGGCGGAACAAUGUUCGUCACAUGGUUACUGGAAAAAUAUGCAGAAAUUGCUCCACAUGACACUAAGAUAUCAGGUGCUGCUAGUUUGCUAGGUUUUGGCUUUCUGCUUUAUGGAUUUGCAUACUUUUUAAAAACACAUCCUGAAUACUUUAUUUUCCAUAUAUACGCUUCACAAUGA